AUGGUGGGUCAGAGCCCCCUGGACCCCAGCGAGAGCAGGACCGCCGUCCUCCUGGAGCCCUUUGUCCAUCAGGUGGGCGGCCACAUGAGCAUGAUGAAGUACGACGAGCACACAGUCUGCAAGCCCUUGGUCUCGCAGGAGCUGAGCUUCUACGAGUCGCUACCCUUGGCCAUGAGGCAGUUCACGCCCCAGUACAAAGGCAUUGUGUCGGUGUACCUCAAAAAAGACAGCCUCGGCAACCUGACCCUGCUCGCCAGCCCUAGCCUGCAGGCGGAGAACUGUGGCCGGCUGGACAACGCCCUCGGUGACUCCUCAGUGACAAUUUGGCACAAACGCAAGUGGGCUGCCAACACCGGCACCAGCGCCGAGCACACGCUCGUCAAGUGGAGCCACACGCAGCUCACCAAGACCUUCAAAGACAGCUGCCCGGGGAAGAUGCUAUUGAGGCCAGACCUUCAGUACCACACAGAUUCACUUUUGGAAGAUGCGAAUGGAAACCAGCCAGAAAGAAAGAGCUACAACCCCUGGGGACUGCACUGUCACAGGCAGCACCUGAACCGCAUGUCCUCCAAGCAUAAUGAGAACAAACUUCAUCAGUUUCUGUUGCUUGAAAACGUGGUAUCAAAAUACAACUAUCCCUGCAUCCUGGACCUAAAGAUGGGAACCCGGCAGCACGGCGAUGAUGCCUCGGAGGAGAAGAAAGCCCGGCAGAUCAAGAAGUGUGAGCAAAGCACCUCUGCCUCUCUGGGUGUUCGCAUCUGCGGGAUGCAGGUUUACCAACCAGACACUGGCCAUUUUCUCUGCAAAGAUAAAUAUUACGGCAGGAAGCUCUCUCCUGAGGGAUUCAAGCAAACCUUGUGCCAGUUCCUGUGCAACGGUAACCACCUCCGAACAGAUCUCCUGGAGCCCAUCAUCCUGCAGUUAAAAGCUCUGCUGUCUGUAAUUAGGAAGCAGAGCUCUUACAGGUUCUACUCCAGCUCACUCCUCAUCAUUUACGAUGGACAAGAGCCCAAGGAGAACACGGCGCCCUUGGAUAACCACCUUCACUUCCAAAAAACAAACUGCGCCACGCCACACGGCAGCCAUCACUCCAGAGUUGACGUCCGCAUGAUAGACUUCGCCCACACAACUUUUAAAGGCUCCAAAUGCAAUCACACCACUUACGACGGGCCAGACCACGGCUAUAUUUUUGGCCUGGAGAAUCUCAUCAAAAUCCUUCAGAAUAUCUCUGAAGGAAAAUGA